AUCAUAACGGGCUGAUUGAUAAAAUGGGCUACGGCCCAUACCUGGCUCACUCAAUCUGCCUACCUGUUGUGUUCCUCGUCUCGUCUUCCUCAAUUCUUUUCCUUCAGGAGAGAAACUAACAAAAAGAAAAAACCCUUUUCCUUUCCGAGCAAAUCAAACACGCGAUAGAGUUUCAGCAUGAUCAGCAUUCUCGCUCAGGAGCGUCUUCUCGGCUUCACGCUGGGUAGCGCCUUGACAGGGUUCAUCGUUCUCGAGCAGCGAAAACUCAUCCAUGAGUCCGUCGCCGAUCGUAAAUCUCAAUCCGUCGAUCAAUCUCAGGUGAGAGAAGGCAUAUUCGGGAAGAAAUAUCGGAUGGAGUUUGCGUCUGUGUGGAACAAAGCUGUGGACCAGACCUUUGAACCUGCCAUUCAAUAUCUUAGCUCUCGUAAAUGGUAGAGAGACAUGGAUGGAUACCAACAUUACGUUUGCUCAAAAACUUUCCACAAGACUAUUGUUCCCCCUGUUUCUCUACUUAUUGCUGGUUAUUCUUUUCAGUUGUCUUUGAAUACACUAGUAUUCCUGUUUUGCUCUACUUUUCUUGAGCAGAGUGUUGUUGUGUUUACUGAGCAUAUCUUUUGGUUUGUUAUUUUGGCUGUUUGGCUUAAUGAUUUGCUGUGACUGUUCGUUCCUCCCA